GAGAACAUUGUGUGAAAAUGACAAAGCAGCACGUGCAGACGGUUGCUGAGUUUCUGUAAAUUAACUAAAAAUACGGCACCGUAAAUACAAUCUGUCCUCGAUGUAUCAAAAUCAUAACGUAGGUAACAAGAAGUCAUAAAUGAUGUAUCAUAGGCAUGUCAAAAAGAAUAGAGGUGUUAUAGCAGGAAGGGGGUAAUUGGAUUGAAUGUCAGUCUGGUCAGGUGAGAACUUGCUGCUGGUAACAUGGAACUCUUAUCUUUUGCAUGACUUGGGGGGCUGUAGAUUAACUGACACUCGAUAUGAGCAGCCCGGCGAAAGGUUUUCUGCAAAAACUUGUUCGGCGGUGAAUUGAUUUCGAUACGUUAUAUUGCGUCUCUGUUGGACCAACGUAAACCCUUGGAGUUCAUUUUAUUAUCAGGCAACAGAAAACCACCUGGACUAGUACAGAAGCUUUUGGCAAUAGUUAGGACCUGGUGCAGUUGGGCUGCUGGUGGUGACCGUGAUGGUGAAACACCGUAUUUGCCAUGGUACGGUAAAGCCUCUGGUUUGUAAAUCUUUCAUAUUUCAGAAGGGAGAAAUAAUGCGUGGUUUGGCUGCUUGCUCAUGUACAGUUGAUUCAGGGCCAGGAGGCAAAAACAGCCUGUUUACUGAUCUGUUGAAAGAUGACUGACAGGCCAUUUUGACUAAUAACUCUGUCCAGCCCACUAAAUCUGGUGGUUUAAGCAUUAAGCAAAGCAUUGGGAAAUGGCCAUGCUUGAAUAAUGCACUGGUAUACCAUAAUGGAACACAGAAUGAGGUUGCUUGCAAUCUAUUGCUUGAUCCUUUCUAUGAGAAAAAACAACUCCGCUGUUUUGUGGUAAAGUAUUUCCAUAUAAAAGUGUUGCAGACAACAAAGCUACAUUGUGUUAGAUUGGCUAUUAAAUAUAAUGUGUCCCAUUAACCACUGUCUGUCUUUUUUAUGUUUUACUUGCUACAAUAAAAUGAACGUAGUUUAAGCGCCAAGAAUUCCUCCCUCUUGCGUUUCAGUAACUUAAUUGUAGGAUGUAUAAUGCCAUAAUUGAAGCGCCGUUGGAAACACAACUGCUCACAUCAGGAAAAUUCUAGGGUUUGUGUAUGUACCGGUACCAAUCUGACACAUUUUUCUUUCUGAGAGAAUUCUCUGAGGAUAUGGUUUAUCUCCUCAGAACGGGAUGUUUGGUGUCCUUCCAAGACCGUUGCGCGGCAUUUGUGUGGGUGUCGAGUAGGAAACUGGGAGAGGGCAGAAAAAUAAUGCUCUCAGUUUCACGGCCGCCGGCGAGCCUUAAUCUAUAAAUCACCUGUUGGCACGAGCACCUGCGGCGGAGGUUGAUCUUUCCUGUUCGCAGACCGUGACAUCCGCGCUCUGCUGCGGCGCGCUCCCGAGUCUCGCGAAACGAAAUGGCAGUGUGCUAUUGGUCUGAAAGUCAAAGCUUAUUCCGAGUGUGGGCGAGCGAUGGGUGGCGGGGGCACCCGAGCACGCUCCCGAGCCUGUGCGUGAGAACAGAUUUUAAGCGCAGCGCUUCUGGAUAGUUGUAGAAUCCGCUGGCUUCGUUUGAGAGGAGCGUCGGAGCCGGUGGCUGACCUGUGGUUGCCCGCUCUCCGCUCGGUCGCUAGGACAGUCGCUGUGAGAGGGCAGGGGUCUGUCGGGAUGUGUCGGAUGUGCGCUUUACAGCACGGCCAUUAAGAGGACUGCUGCUGCUCGCACAUCUGUGUGCGUGUGUGUGUGUGUGUGUUUGCGUGUGUGCGUGUUUACUUGAGUGUGUGUGCUUGGGUGUGUGUGUGUGUUUGUGUGUGUGUGCUCGUAUACGUGUGUGUGUGUGUUUUGCGUGUGUGUGUUUGCGUGUGCGAACGUGUGCAUGUGUGUGUGUGGACAGCCGUUGUGUCUUGUGUUUCAAACAUGCUGGGAUGGGGUGGGUUGUGCCUGUGUGUGGCUGAGCAUCGCCCUGGGACUGCAGUGAGUGAGCGUGACGACGGUUCAUUGUAGGGCCGAAAGUGGGGGUGGGGGGCAGGGCGGGGGGGUGCGGAGAGAGGCAUUAUGGGUACCCCCACGCUUUUGGAGUGUUUCGGCCGCACGCGGAGACCCCAGGCCCAGCAGGGCUCCCACCGACCUCACCGGCUUGUCAGAGCCUUCCAGCCAAUCCGGUGCCACCCUGAGACUCAGCCACGCCCACGGAGCUUCCCUCGGGUGAAUGGCCACUCCAAGACGGACCGCCCGGCGCGCGACUCCGCCAUGGGCUGCGACAGCGCCUCCAUGAUGAGCAGCGAGCUGGAGUCCAGCUCCUUCAUCGACAGCGAGGAAGAGGAGGACGCCAGCAGGCUCAGCAGCUCCACGGAGCAGAGCUCCUCCUCCCAGCUCAUGAGGAGGCACAAGCGGAGGCGCCGGCGGCACAAAGUGCCCAAAAUCGACCGGUCCUCUUCGUUCAGCAGCAUCACAGACUCCACCAUGAGCCUGAACAUCAUCACCGUCACCCUGAACAUGGAGAAGUACAACUUCCUGGGCAUCAGCAUCGUGGGGCAGAGCAACGACCGGGGCGACGGGGGCAUCUACAUCGGCUCCAUCAUGAAGGGGGGGGCCGUGGCUGCCGACGGGCGCAUCGAGCCGGGGGACAUGCUGCUCCAGGUGAACGACGUGAACUUUGAGAACAUGAGCAACGACGACGCCGUCAGGAUCCUCAGGGAGAUCGUCUCUAAGACCGGGCCCAUCAGUCUGACAGUGGCUAAGUGCUGGGACCCCUCUCCCCGCAGCUACUUCACCAUCCCCCGAGCUGAGCCUGUGAGGCCCAUUGACCCUGCAGCCUGGAUCUCCCACACCACAGCACUGACUGGCUCCUUCCCUCAGUACGAGUUCGACGAUCUGCCGCUGUCCGUCAGCAAGACGGACAUGGCAACCAUCGUCAAGGUGAUGCAGCUGCCAGAUUCGGGCCUGGAGAUCCGAGACAGGAUGUGGCUGAAGAUCACCAUCGCCAACGCCGUCAUCGGUGCGGACGUGGUGGACUGGCUGUACUCGCGGGUGGAGGGCUUUAAGGACCGGCGGGACGCGCGGAAGUACGCCAGCAGCCUGCUGAAGCACGGCUACCUGCGGCACACCGUCAACAAGAUCACCUUCUCCGAGCAGUGCUACUACACCUUCGGCGACCUGUGCCAAAACAUGGCGUCCCUAAAUCUGAACGAGGGCUCCAGCGGGGGCGGCUCGGAGCAGGACACCCUGGCCCCCUUACCCCCACCCGCCACCAACCCCUGGCCCCUGGGGGGCCAGCCGUUCCCCUACCCGGGGUACCCCAGCGCACCCCCCGGCUUCCCCCCCGGCUACUCGGACCCUUGCCACAGCUUCCACAGCGGCAGUGCGGGGAGCCAACAGAGUGAGGGCAGCAGAAGCAGCGGCUCAAACCCCAGUGCCGGGAAAGGCCGACGCCCCUCGCCGCGAGAGAAGGACCGCAAGUCGACGGGCAGCGGGGGCAGCGAAUCAGAGCCGGCCACCCGGGGAGGGAGGCGGAGCGAGAGGUCGGCCAGCCAGAUGAGCCACCGCAGCCACGCCCACUCGACUCGUAGCCACGCCCACUCCUCCCACAGUCACGCCCACUCCUCCCACAGCCACGCCCACUCGGGCUACAGCCACGCCCACUCCCACAGGAGCCGCGCCCCCUCCCACCGCAGCCACGGCCACUCCGCCCACAGCCGCGCCUCUUUCUCGUACAGCCACGCCCCCUUCACCCAGCACAGCCACGCCUCCUGCACUCACAGCGAGCGGAGCCAGGCCUCCUCCUACGGGCCGCCCGGCCUGCCCCCGCCCUACAGCCUGGCCCGCCUGGCCCCCAAGCCCUCGUCCAGCUGCGGGCCCCCGGGAGCCCCGCCGGUGCGCGAGCUGGCCUCCGUCCCGCCGGAGCUGACCGCCAGCCGCCAGUCCUUCCAGCACGCCAUGGGCAACCCCUGCGAGUUCUUCGUUGACAUCAUGUGACCGACCGCGCGCUGCCUUUCUUUAAAAGCACACGGCGCUGCUCUGCUAUUUCCCCUCGGAAACGCCUGUCCCUGAACACUCUGAACCCCCCACCUGUCCCUGAACACUCUUAACCCCCCCGCCUGUCCCUGAACACUCUUAACCCCCCCACCUGUCCCUGAACAC